GAAUGGGGAAGUGCCGUUCUUCCGUGUUCAAGUUGGACACAAGGCAACUCUUUCGGAUCGUUCUGUGAGCUAGGGGCCGUUCUGGGUCACUCCUGGCCGCUGGCUUUCUAUCAAAUGAAACAGGCGUCAAGUUGCAAUCGAAGAGAAUGGGGAUGUGUCGUAAACUGUUCUCCUCCGUCGAAAUCCUUGUAGGUUUGCACCAGAUUGCUGGUGCCUUCUACGACACUGCGCUGUUGAUGCUGGUCCACGAACGCUCCAGAUCCAACUCCACAACAACUGGUAGCCAAGACCAGCAGCAAGGCGCAAUCUCUCAGUUCUACAUGAUCUACAUCCCCCUGUUGAAGAUUUCCUCUCUCCCCAUUGCCUACCUCCUGGCUAGUAAAGGUGACAGGAAGGACAGGAAGAUCACCAUUUGGGUGCCCCUGGUGGGGUACCUGGUGUCCAGGUCUCUGCUGCUCUUUGUGAUCCUUUUUGAUCUGCCCUUGCAGGUGAUGUUUGUCACUGCUGUCCUGAAUGGUCUGAGCGGGGAUUCGACUGCUUUCCGGGCUGGGGUCAUGGCAAUGGCCUCAGACACCUCCUCACAGGAGAAGAGAUCCAUCAGACUUAGCAGAGUUGAGUUGACCUAUGGAGUAGCAGGGAUGAUUGGCAGCAUCGCAUCCGGCCACCUCUUUAUUUAUUUCAAAAUCUCGCAUGCCCAGGGUGCUGGGCUGACGGCCUGCAGUUGUGUUUUUUAUGCUCUAAGCUUAGUUUAUAGCAUCUUUGGGCUAAAACCCGCACAGAUUGGAGCUGGUGGCUACCGCAACCUGUUAGAUCAAGGAGAGCAGGAAAAUAAUGUUCGAGUUCCACAAAACACAGCUUGGAAUCAAUGUCAAGACGAAAGCUCAAUGUUAUUUCCUAAUCAGAACAAUGCAAGGAUUCAGGGUAUUCUUGGAGGUAAUAUGUCCAUGGAUAAGAUCACACUCUCACUGCUGUUCACAGCUGGAGUUUUGUAUGGUUUGGGUGUGACUGGUGGAGUGGAUGUGCUGCCCAUAUUUGUACUAAAGGACCCUCUGAAUUGGAAUGCUGUCUGGGUCGGUUAUGGCAAUGCAAUGGGGUAUGCUAUCUUCCUCACCAGCUUCCUGGGAGUUUGCGCUUUUUCCAAAUAUUUGAGGGAUACUUCUUUGAUUGUGAUGGGAAUGGCGUCAUUUUCCAUUGGGAUGUUGAUCAUGGCCUUCACAAAGUGGACGUUUCUUUAUUAUAUUGCUCGAGUUGUGAUGAUGUUUGCCCUUAUUCCACUGCCUACAAUACGAUCUGUGAUUUCCAAGCAGAUGAAAGACAACUCAUACGGAAAGCUGUUUGCCAUACUUGAGAUUUUACUCAGCGUGACGGGAGUCAUUGCUUCAAUCAUAUUCCUUACCAUUUACAAGUCAACAAAAGACUGGUACCCUUCCAUCUCUUUUGGUCUGUCUUCUGUCAUCAGUUGCCUGGGAAUCAUUCCCAUGAUCUUUGUGGAACGCAGAUUGCACAAUGUUCUGUAACACUGGUGUGAAACAUGAGAUUUGACGAAAGAAGCACGUACAUAGUGCAAUUAUUGUACCAGAAUAUAAUCAAGGUUUCCUUGCCACCAGAAAACUCUUGCCAUCAUAUUGCACAGGAUAAGAUCAGGGUCAUAAACAAGGUCUGGUUCAUCUGCUCCCUUUAAGAUAUUACUCCAAUGUUCCAUACGCCUACUUCAAAAUGCCUGAAAGAAUAUCACCUCCAAAAGCUGAGAGGGUGUAAUCUGUGAUGAUACUAUAGCUUUCAGAAGUGUAUUUUUUUUUGUGAAGAAAGUUUGAGACAGAGGUAUCAAGUGGUCUACUCAAAGCGAAUAAAGUAAGCAGCUUAUGAGGCCUCGGGUUUAUUUAAGUUAGAACAAUAGAAGCAGCGUGAAUGGGUAGACCAAGCUCCCAAAGAACCAGCAUUUUUAGUUUUAGCUUUCUCAUUUGGUGGAAUAUUGAAACUGGAUAUGGAAGCUCUUAUUCUUCUGUUACAGCUAAAAGCUAGGGUCCUCUUCUGGGUGCUAGAAUUGUCUGCGAGACAAUCUCUAACUGAAUUUGCCUUUGUCAGGAGUGUUUAUGGGAUAUAAUCAUAUUGGAACAGAUAAAUAGUAGUGGUUAAUGUACAUAUUUUGUUAAGCCAUUUUUUAAAAUUUUUGUCUGUUUGUAUUUUAAACUAUAGUGCCAAUAUAAAAAAGUGUGCUUUGUUUAAAGUUGAGUUGCUUGCCCAAUGGAAUUGCAUAUGGAAGGCAACACUUUACUUACCUUUAAAAUAAAAAAAAAAAACAAUAAUAUUUUGAAGGGGUUUGGUCUGGUCUGGUCCAUGACAAAUUGGAGGCUUAUCUGUGAUCAAAAUUUCUAUCUCCAGGUUGGGUUUAGGAUAAUUAGAUUGAAAAGGCAGUGAGUGGUGAGUGUUGGGUGAGAAUUUUCUUAAAAAUUUCUGGUAGUGCAGUUGGUUGGUUCAGUGUGUACCUUGUGUCAGAGUGGCUCUUUCAGCAACUAAGUUUCCUGAGAGUGGAAGUCAUCAUUUUGGGAGUUUUACAGCAAGUGAGCAAGGCAAGGCAAGGCAAAGCAAAACAAAGCUUUUGAAAUU